AUGUCUAUAGCAGUGGAUGAGUCCACAGACAAAACUGAUACUGCUCAGUUGUGCAUAUACUAUGUCCGUUUUUUUGACAGCAAAUGCUUCAGAGAGGAGCUGCUCUGCUUACUGCCAUUAGAAGGUCACACAACGGGCGAUAUAGUCUUUGGGAAAAUUUCCGCUUUUUUUAAAGACAAUGGUCUGGAUAUGAUGCGUGUGUGCAUGCUUGUGACAGAUGGGGCUCCAUCCAUGACAGGGAAAGUGAAUGGUUUGGCAGCACGAUGGUCCGCUGUUGCACCUCAGUUGAUCUCCUUACACUGCAUUGUGCAUCAGGCAGUGUUGUGCGCAAAACUAAGUGGGGCGCUCAAAACGACCAUGGACAACGUGAUGGCUACAAUUAAUUUUAUUCGCUCCAUAUCAAGCCUCCAGCACCGCUUGUUCCGCAUGCUGCUGUCAGAAAUGUCUGCUGAGCACCACGACCUGCUUUUGCAUAAUGACGUGAGGUGGCUGUCCAAAGGCAAAGCACUGGAGCGUUUCUGUGGUCUCAGAGAGGAGAUCAUAACUUCCCUCCGCAGCAGCAAGCAAAAAAAGGCAGAAACGCACUUGAGUCGCAUACUGGACGACAACUUCAUGGCCGAUGCCUGCUUUCUGAGCGACAUAUUCAAACACCUGAAUGAUCUCAAUUUGGCACUACAAGGCAGAGACAAAACUGUCAUCGACCUUGUGGAACAGAUGCGCGCAUUCCCAGUUAAACUGGACCUUUUCGCAACUGAUUUGAUCACAGGCCGAAUGCUGCAUUUUCCGACACUCCGCAAAUGCAUCUCAUCCCCCGCACAAAUCACGAAUGUGAUGACAGAUUUUAUUGCGAGGUUGAAAAUGAACUUUGCUGGUCGAUUGGAUGGACUUGUUCUGCCCACAGAGGUGGCCGUUUUUGUCAGAGACCCGUUCACUGUUGCAAUAGAAGGGGACUUAUCCGCCAGAGCAAAACAAGUGGUUCCUUCCAUUGACGAAGGGAAAUUCACACUCGAACUUGUUGACAUGCGGUCAUCUGUAACCAUGGCACAAGAGCUUUGCACUAACGGGCCUACAAUGUUUUGGACUAAUGUCAACGUACAUCAGUUCCCUAACAUUAAGAAAGUAGCGAUCGUCAUGCUCAGUAUGUUUGGUUCAACUUACACAUCUGCUGGUAAUGAUGACCACAUGGGUUUAUGA